CAUGCACCCAGUUUUUUUCAUCAAAAAAGCAUAUUCCUCUUACCAAAAUUUCAAAAUUCAACUAUAGCUAUCCACACUCUCCUCUUCGUCUCGCUUCUCAUAUUUUCACUCAUCCCUUCGAGCCGUGGAGGAAACAAAGAUAGACUCUUUACUGAGGUCCAAAAGUCACUCGAGGUCACCGCUAAACCCGUACAAGAUGGCGUAGUUCUGGAAGCCGGAAAAGAUAUGGUGACAAUUAAAUGGAAGUUAAAGUCGUCGGCCAAAGUAGAUGCCGAUGAUACUUUCAAGAAAAUCCAAGUCAAGCUUUGUUACGCACCAAUCAGCCAAGUUGAUAGACCGUGGCGCAAGACUCACAGCGAGCUCUUUAAGGACAAAACCUGCCCUCAAUCACUUGAUUGGACCGUCGAUCUCGAUAUCCCCACUGGAACCUACUUCGUAUGUUAAAAGAGUUUUCUGGUUUAGCUGUGUCUCUGAUUCUGCUCACCUCUGCUCGUUCCCUUAUCCAAUCCUCGCGGAGCUGUAUUGUUGUAAGUCCGUCGUUUACCAUAAUGUUUUUGAUUUUUUUCCAUACGACUUGCGUUUUCUUCACGAUCUAUACGCCGAGAUAGAGCAUUGGGUCUACGAUGAAGCCAUCUGGGUGCUUGUCCCACAUGUUGAGGAAGAACACUAAUGAGUUGCUGUGGCUGGCUUGUGUUUCUUUGACUGAUCAGUUUGUUCACGAGAGGUUGACUGAUGAAAGAUACCAAGCUGCGGUUAUUGAAGCUUGAACAACACAUCAAUACUAGCUCAGGAAACAUUGAUAAGAUCACUUGUGUUACUCUGAAAGACGGAACCAAGAUCCGAGCACCAGACUGCUCAAGAAUCUCUCUUAUGAAGAAGUGCCUAGGCUUAUGCUUUCUCACAGGGAGUGGACGUUGUUUGACUCUAUGCUUUGUUCCUCAUACAUUGCGACUAAGUUGAAGAAGACAUGGAGCGAUCACGGCGUCAAGGUUCAACGAGCAUUGAUGCACCAGAAGGGUUACUUUGUCAGAGUUAGACCAAGAAGACUACACUUGAGAAAGAGAGAGAGGAGAGAAACUUAGCUGCCAAUCACAUGGUCUAAUGGAAUGUUAAGCGUAAGGAGUCAUUCGUUGUAACCAGUCGCGAAGAUUAAUGAUAAAUCUAAAGAGAAACACACAAUGUCUUUGAAUAAA